AUGAUUUCUCUUUUCCGCAAAUGCAUUCUGCUGUGGCUCGCUACCGUCUUCGUGGUCACUGCAGCACAGCAGACUGCUCUGUCAGAGCUUCCGGAUUGCGCUCAAAUCUGCCUUCUAAAAGCUUUCGGCACAAACACCUGCGCGCCAACAGAUCAUGCCUGUAUCUGCACCAACGAAGUCUUCCAGAACAAUGUAACAUUGUGUGUAAGCAGCCGCUGCACCAUUCCUGAAGCUCUAGGUACUUUCAUCAACUUGACAGAAGAGGCCCAACGACUAACCAGUGUAGUCACACGAAAUGUCAGUCUUACCAACUGCGGUGCACCGGUGCGACAUCGUGGAGAACACUACGUGACGUUGUCAAACGCAAUGGUAUGCAUUGCCGCUGCCUUCGUUGUGAUCCGUUUCGCCUUCAAGGCCACCGUGUCGAGACUCGACUUUGGCUACGAUGACUUUUGCGUCCUAGCAACGCUUAUAGCCGCCAUACCCAGCGCCAUCAUCACUGUUUUCGGUACUGUGAAGAAUGGACUUGGUCAAGACCUUUGGGCCUUGACUCCAACGCAGAUCACCCAGAUGCUCCAAUACUUCUACAUUAUGGCGUGGCUGUACUUCCUCCAGCUCACGCUGUUGAAGCUCACUCUGUUGUUCUUUUACAUCCGCGUGUUUCCCAGUAAAGAAGUCCAGCGACUGUUAUGGGGUACUGUCGUCUUCACUGUACUCUGGGGCUUGGCCUUUAUCAUUGUUGCGGUAUUCCAGUGUCGGCCGAUUCACUACUUCUGGACGAAAUGGGACGGUAUGCAUGAGGGCACUUGUCUGGAGAUCAACGCCAUCACCGCAUCAAACGCUGCCAUCUCGAUCGCUCUGGACUUCUGGAUUUUGGGUAUACCUCUUUGGCAGCUUUGGGGGUUGAAGUUACACUGGAAAAAGAAGGUCGGUGUAGCACUUAUGUUUUGCGUCGGCACUUUCGUUACCGUCGUCAGUAUUCUGCGUCUGCAGGCUCUGGUGCACUUCGCCGCUUCCUCGAACGUAAGCUGGGAGUUCUACGACGUUUCAGUGUGGAGCACGAUCGAAAUAUGUGUUGGUAUCAUGUGCGCUUGCCUUCCAACACUCCGCCUUCUCCUGGUUAAACUCUUCCCUAUCCUUGGCGGCUCCUCAGUACGCAGUCGUCAACAGUACUACAACUACGGUAGUGGCAACGAACUCAAGAACGUUAGCCAGAAACACAAGUCAUACAACAUGAACACUAGCGCUGCUAUAUCGAGUCCUCGGACCGAGUCUUUCGACGAUAAGAUAGAAGACGGCAUUAGGGUCAAGACCUCCUACAUGGUAAAGCAUAGUCAUAGCGACACAGAUGAAGCGAGCCUAGUAAGCCAUGAGGGACCGCAGAGGCAGUAG